UACGUGAUUACUUGUGUCGUUUCUUUUCCUAUCGACGACAGCAUACAAAAUCAUGUUUAUUUAUGUAAUAGUUUAUCACACUUAGUUUAGAGCUCUUGUAAUUAGUGAUUUCCGACGAAUACCUAUCGUUUUAUGGGAGUUGGAGCAUCAACAUGGGUUGUUUAGCUUGGAUCCGAGGUUUAAAAAUAACGCUUCCAUUCAAAGACAAAGAAUUAAACAAAAUAGCAGCAUUCUUCAAUGUAACUACUUUCCUCCUAACCUGUGCUGCCCUGGUGCAGCCCAGCUGGUUCAGGAUAAAGGGGCUGCACUGCACUCAGAGCCUGUCGCUGUCUCAGUUCUUCUCAUUUGAUGAAGACGAUGACUAUGAUGAUCAGAUUAACAUAGAUCAGGGAAGAGACUUUGAUCCAAUGAAGAGGGAUUACCCUGGUCUACCACCAUGCACAACACCAGAGACUAUUACACUCAUGAGAGUACUCAUUCUAUUAUGCUUCAUGGUGCUACUUUGUUCUUCUAUUGGAAUCCUCAUCAACAUAACUAGCUUGAACAGCAAAGCAAUCAAGAUGCUCCGUAGGAAUGCCAUCCCGAGCAUAAUGUGUGUGUUUUGGGUAAUAGCUAUAGUCGGCGUGUGCUAUUACACCACUGUGGUAUUGGGGAAUGCAAACAACUAUGAUCCUAAUACAAUACAGGUGGAUUAUGAAUAUGGUUUCUACACGAUAACUGGUGCCGGUGCUCUAGCAUUGCUAGCAUCCGCCGCCAAUUUAUGGGGAGCGCCACUCUCCAGCGACGAGGACAUCCAGCGACGAAACCUCAUGGAGGACUGGGAUGGCUACGAGGCUCACAGCGUGGGCCCAACUCCCUGCGUGCCGGCGCUGCCGCCGUACUCGCCGAGCGCCGACUUCCCGGCGGACUACGCGCCGUCGGCGCUGCCGGUGUACGCGCCGCCCGUGCUCGGCACGCAGCAGUACUUCCCCUUCGACGACCUUUCUAUACUACCGCCGCCUCCGCCUUAUACCCCCUAAGGUUUUUCCAUUCAUAUUUUAUCCUAUUACUAUAUGCGAAUAAAAUUUUGUUAUGUAGUUUUGAUUCGCGUUAAUUUAAGUAGAAAAUACCGCAAUAAUGACAAAGAUGUACCAGAUAUAUAUAGCUACCUACUAUGAAAAGUAUCCAGACUCGAACAUACAUCUUUACUAAUCCGGGGCAAUGGCUAGAACAAGAUUGGCAGAGUUCUACUCCCGCCCCAAGUAACACGCGGUCAUAGUUAAUUAUUCUAAAUACAAAAUCUAUUUGAAUUAAUUUUGAUAAAUAAUUUGAUCAGUUUGCUAGUAGGUAACAGUUUCCAUGUCAGUAUUUAUGUUAGUUUAGUUAUAAUUAUGGGAAUGGCACUUGGUUUUCGACCAUUUUGGUUGAUUUUCCGUUGCCCUUUCACUUCAAUAGCCGUAGUUGCCUGGACGACAGUCGACGCAUAGGUAUACGCGUCGCGUCGGCGUUUACUAAUUUUACUGCUAUCGGCGUGACAGAGGGAAUAUAGUAUAGACGAUCUUUCCUCUCAGUUUUGAGCGCAGUUUUAGCGUACCUAUAAAAUAAAUGACAAUGUUUGAUCCCCAAAUACUACCAAUCUUGAUUUAAUUUUAUUUUGAACGGGCCCUUUAGGAUAUUUUUUUAGUAGAGCUAAACUUACAACUCUAAUAGUAUAUUGAAUAGUAUUGUAGUGUUUUUAUUAAAUCGUUUCAUAAUAUAGUACAAUGAAUAAAUUCUGAGUUCUGACCUCGAAUAUAAAUAUGUGUCUCUUCUGAUAUCAAUAAUUUCGAAACUAUAUGGACUAGGUAUAACGCACCGUAUAACUUGAUGUUGGUUAUUUAAAAAUUAUUAAAGCGUGAAGUUAUAAAUGAAAGUAAUUGUUAUUUACGUGUAGAAAGCAUAAUGUUCUCUUUUGUAUAUGUGGUUGUGAGUUUAUUAACACUGUUCACUUCAAAAUGUGAUUUUGCCAUUUUAGUGCCUAUUCAUGUCGUACUUCUCAAAAUGCUUUAAAAUGAUAUUUAAAAAUAAUAAAAAUUCGGUUUGUUGUGUACAUAUAGCUAUAUAGUUUAACCCUAUAAUAGUAUUUUUAUUAGUGUAAGUCAUGGACGACACAAACAGCAUUUUUCUUGAAAUAAUAUUAACUUAGUAUAUAUUAAAUAAGUAUUAAUUAUGUUAGUAUAUUAUCACAGUAUUUAUUUAAGUACCUACGUUAUUGUAUACUUUAUACUGAAACUUCUUAAUAUUAGGUCCUUACCUAUGAAAUUGGCGUUUUUGUUCAUAGAUAUAAGUCUGAUCCUAGUUUUUUUUUUUU